GUUGUGAUUUGUGACUAAUUAUAGAUACCGUUGACCCUGUGUAAACUCAAACUACAAACAUCAGUGACAGUAUAUUUUUAGGAAUUAUUUACAGAAAAGUCCAGAACGCCCACCAAAUUAAACACUAGCUUGUCAUAACGGACCAACACAGGUAGAUGUUGCCGACUCCUAGACGCCGCCUAAUACACUAAGAUGGAGUACCCAGAUCAACUUGUCGUGGAAAUUCCUGUCUGGGUCUGCGGUACGCAGAAAUGGGUCACGGGCCUGACUAAGAGAACUACAUGUGAUGACGUCAUUUACGCUUUACUCUACAAUGACGGUAAACAUGAAAUAGAAAACACAGACAAAUACACUAUUUUCGAGAGAUGGCGUGACGUGGAGAGACCUCUUCAGGGCAGAACCAAAAUACUCAAAAUUUGGCGCGCAUGGGGAGCUGAGCAGUGUAGCGUCCAACUCACAAUGAGACACGCCGACGAGAUCGGUGAAUACGGAGAAUUUCUUCACUCUCGUCGGAGACGACAUCGAAGAACCAAACAUAAAGAGCGGGAACCACGCAGACAUUCCAAGUCUAAAACAGACCAGCGAAAUGGCAGCUCAGAGUCUCGUUUGAAGACGAUGGAAGAACUAGCGAAAUUAGUGAUUCAACAAGAAAGAAGAUUGCACGAUAUAGGGCACAGGAUAGAAAACACGGACCAAAAGAUUUUCCAUAUUGAAUCCGAACUUCACGAGUGUCGUGUGGCCAAAGAUGGUGAGAACUACCUCCAAGAAGCAUAUCUUAAUUCAGGACAAGAUGAUAGUAUGACGGAAUUCUUGAGAAAUGUUGAGCCCGAAAACUUGGAAAUGUAUAUUCAGUUCUGUGAACGCGUGAUUCAACUCGACGACAAAAUUCAAAAUGAGGAAUCGAAAAUAAUGGACCUGUCCGAGCAAAUUCAUGAACAGAGUACAUUGAACGACGCAUUUCAUAAUGCCGACAUGUACAAUACAAAUGUUACGGACGGGAAUCUCGAAACGGAACUUGCCUAUCUGCAGGCAGACCUAAACCGUAUUGUGUCCGCAAACAUGAUGCAGAAAUAUAAAGCAGUGGAGAUUACGAAAGAAAUUGACUACUGUGAUAGAGUUUUACAUCAAAAGCAAGAGAUUAUUCAACAGCUGCAGAAAGAGCUUGAGUACUUAGAAAAAUGUGACGAAAUUGUAGAGGAGUUACCAAAACAGAAACAUAAUCAAUCUGUAGAUUUCUUCCACACGAGCACUCCAAUAAGCCAUCAUACCGCAUCCAAAGUCAACCAGUCAACAAAACGCGUAGAGGACAAUGAUGCUGACUAUGUUAAUAUUGGCGCCAUCAUGGAAUGGCAAGAACAGGAAGAACAAGUUAGCACAUGCGCACAAGGCAUCUACGAACACGAGGCUGGAGAAAAUAGUGCGAAGAAACACUCCUUUGACACAGAAGACUCUUUUUCAGUGGAUACAGACAAUACUUCUAACGAUUCACAGUUUGGGUCAGUCAACCAGAGGGACAAAUUCUCAAAUAAAUUCAACCAAACUCGACCUCUGUUCCAGUUUCCAGCAACCAACUCUUUGGACAAUGACGAACUUAUCAGUGAACGAAUUCAGAAAGAAAUAUAUGCCUACAAAAGUCCCCGUAAGUGCAGCGAUUUUACUCGCAGUUUGACGAGUCUCAACGGUGAUCGGUCAUUUGCGUGCACGAAGAGCGUAGACGAAAAUGAUUCCAAUUCAGACACAGGUCUGAGUUCCAUGCACAGUGACGAAUCUCCUAAUUUAUUAGAAACCCUUGUAUAAAAUGUCCCAAAUGUAAUCACCAUUUGUGUUCACAUAAAAAACUAUUAUUUUGACAAUAUUUGUCAGAACUUUGAUAAAAUGAUUAUUCAACCAA